AUGUCGGGCCACGUAAUCCCAAUGCUGCUCGUCUUGGCCCUGCACCAUCUUCUCAUCUCACCCGUCAUCGCCUACACGGCCUUGUCGGAUCAUUUCCUCAAGCUAGUACCGUCCGGAGGCACAGACUUCGAUAUUGACAAUGGGAAGCUCUUAGCGCCCAUCUUAAUACCGCGAGUUGCCGGCACGCCCGGCCAGACUGCCGCUCAGCAGCAUUUCGUGAACUUCUUCGCGAAUGAACUGCCGAAAUGGAGUAUCGAGUGGUUCAACUCGACAUCUACAACUCCCGUCACCGGCGAUAAACAGGUGCCAUUUGCAAACUUGUUAUUUAAGAGGGAGCCACCCUGGGUUCAGCAAGGACAGUCCAAUUUACUCACCCUGGUGGCUCAUUAUGAUAGCAAGAUCUCCCCUAGCGGAUUCAUCGGCGCUACGGACAGCGCCGUACCUUGCGCUAUCUUGAUGCAUGUCGCGAGGACCUUGGAUAAGUUCCUUACUCAGAUGCACGAUGAGAUGGCUGCACUUGGUGAAGGCGGAACUGUCCCGAUGGAUAUGGGCGUGCAGAUUCUCUUGCUCGAUGGCGAGGAGGCAUUUAAGCAAUGGACAGAGACGGAUUCGCUAUACGGAGCUAGAGCGUUGGCAGAUCUUUGGGAGAACUCGGUUCAUCCCGCAAUGUCAUUCUAUCGCAACCCGUUGGAUCAGAUAAGCAUGUUUGUGCUGCUGGACCUUCUUGGUUCUGCUAACCCGACGGUGCCGUCCUUCUUCCAGACAACCCACUGGGCGUAUAAAGCUAUGGCCACUAUCGAGGGUAGAAUGCGCAAGUUGGGGCUCCUGGAGUCAAUUCCGCAGCGUCCCUUUCUGCCGGAUUUGGAGAAGGCGGCGACUACCUUCCAUCGCGGCGCCAUUGAAGAUGACCACAAACCCUUCAUGGCCCGUGGAGUUCCGAUUCUACACGUCAUCGCAUCUCCUUUCCCUCAAGUGUGGCAUACGAUGGACGACGAUGGCGCACAUCUGGAUAUGCCGACUGUGCGCGACUGGGCCAAGAUCGUUACGGCUUUUGCGCUCGAGUGGUUGGACAUGAUGGAGGUCGAGCCGAAGGAGGAUGCCGAGACGCCAGUGACUGGCUGA